AUGGCGACAAAGUCAAGCCUCGAAAUCACCAAUGGUGGAUCACUGGUAGAGCCCGUCCCCGGCGGCAAUGAUGGACACGAUUCAGACAACAACGAAAAAGAGGAUCUCCUGAAGCCGUUUCCAACAGAAGAUGACUGGGCUACUCUUCCUCGGGUGCCGGGUACUAUUCCCUGGACUGCUUGGACGGUUGCCUUUGUUGAGUUUGCGGAGCGGUUCUCGUAUUACGGAACCAGCGCUGUUUUUGUAAACUUCAUUCAAAAGGGUUUGCCGCCUGGUUCUACAACUGGCGCGGGUUUCCUGAAGAAGCCAGGAUCAGGCGCUCUCGGUUUCGGACAACGAGCAUCAACUGGUAUGACGACGUUCAACCAGUUCUGGUCAUACUUCACCCCGUUGUUUGGUGCCUACUUGGCAGAUCAGUAUUGGGGUCGCUACCUCACGAUUCAAUAUUCCAAUAUUGCUGCUCUUAUUGGACACGCUAUCCUGAUCAUCUCUGCCAUCCCUCCGGUUAUUGUUCAUCCAAAUGCAGCAAUAGGCGUCUUUUCAGUUGGCCUCAUUGUAAUGGGCAUAGGAACGGGAGGAUUCAAGUCAAACAUCUCCCCACUGAUUGCUGAACAGUACAAGGACUCCAAGGCGUAUGUGAGAGUAAACAAGAACGGCCAGAGAGUGAUUGUGGACCCGGCUGUUACAACGGCACGAAUCUACAUCUACUUUUACUUGUUGAUCAAUCUCGGCUCCCUUACAGGAUCCCUAGCCAUGGUGUAUUCGGAGCAUUUUGUCGGCUUUUGGCUCUCAUUUACUCUCCCCACAAUCUGCUAUCUUGUUUGUCCUGGUGUGCUCUUGUACUUCAAGAAGACAUACAAGCUGUCUCCUCCGACCGGAUCCGUCAUGGGCAAGGCGUGGAAGCUGUUUCGAUUAGCCUACAAGAAGAGCAAGAGCAUUCGCGAUCCGGAAUUCUGGCAGCGCGUCAAGCCCAGCGAAAUUCGGGCUCGCGGAGAACCAGUACCGGAGUGGAUGACCUUUGACGACGAGUGGGUUGACGAGGUCAAGCGUGGCAUUCUCGCUUGCAAGGUCUUUCUCUGGUACCCAUUGUAUUGGCUUGCCUACAACCAAAUGACGAACAAUCUGGUGUCUCAAGCCAAUACCAUGAUCCUCGGUUCGACCCCAAAUGACAUCGUAUCGAAACUUAACCCCAUUUUCAUUGUUAUUGUCAUCCCGAUCAUGGACUUUAUCAUCUACCCUCUGCUUCGCAAAUGUGGUGUGAACCUCACGCCAAUUAAAAAGAUCACAGCCGGAUUUGUACUUGCCUCCAUGGCCAUGGUGUCUGCAUGCGUCACACAGGCAUACAUCUACAAGUUGUCCAAGUGCGGGGAUAACAUUAAUGCGUUGACCAAGGGUGGAAGAACAGACUGCACUGCCCCGAUAUCUGUUUGGGUACAGGUCUUCCCGUAUGGCUUGAUUGGCAUGUCGGAGGUCCUUGCAUCGAUUACAAAGCUGGAAUAUGCCUACACCAAAGCCCCUCAGAAUAUGAAGUCAACCGUACAGGCCAUCGCGCUGUUCACCUCUGCUGUCUCCUCCGCUCUUGGUCAGGCACUUGUCGGCUUGUCUGAGGAUCCCCUUCUCGUCUGGAACUACGGCUCAGUUGCAGUUGUCGCCAUGAUUGGCGGUAUCGGCUUCUAUUUGACGUUCCGCAAAGCUGACUUGCACGAGGACGCCAUGAAUAACCAGAAGGAGAGUACCUUCUUGGGAAACAGUGAAGGGCAAGUUGAAUCAGUAGCUCCAACCAAGACUGAGAAGCAAAGCUCAGCAUAA